CUGCUGCUGCUUGUUAUCAGUUCUGGUGGUCUGAUUGGGAUGCUGUGUUAAUAAUCAUUCCAGUGUACCCUCUGCCAGUUCCGACGGUUUUCUCCCACCAUUAGAUUCCUGAAGGAAUGUCUUCCGAUCAAAGUGCAAUUGUGGAGCUGAUUAAGAAACACAUCGGAGAGUAUCCGGAUUUUCCGAAGAAGGGAAUACUCUUCAGAGAUAUCUUUACCGCCCUCCGACAUGGGGAAGUUUGCAAAGCCAUCAAAAACGUGCUUCUAUCGUACGUCCGUGAGCAAUGUCCCGAUGUACAAGUGAUAGUCGGCUUAGAAGCGCGCGGAUUUCUGUUCAGUCUGCUUAUCGCUGCCGAGCUGGGCAUCUCUUCGGUGCCGAUUCGCAAGAAGGGUAAACUUCCGGGUUCAUGCGCUCAGCAAGAGUACGUUUUGGAGUAUGGAACUGAUGUGUUCGAGAUACAGAAGGGUAGCAUAAGCUCCGGUCAAAAGGUGUUGAUUAUUGACGACCUGUUGGCCACCGGCGGUACAAUGGAUGCUGCAAAUAAAUUGGUACAGCAACUGGGAGGAAUCGUGGCGCAAAAUGUUGUUAUUAUAGAAUUAACGGAGCUAGGGGGAAGGAAGAAACUAGAAGCUGCCGGGAUCAACGUAUUUUCUUUUAUACAAUACGACGAUAUCGAGUGAUAAACCAUUCAGAUAUUGCCCUGGUCCUAUUUGCUUUAUUCUAAACUAGCUCAGCGCAAAAAGACAGUUAAUUAAGGUUGUUUAUUUUCGUUGUACUGUGUGUACAUGCCAUUUGCGAAAAAUGAUUGACCUAACUACAGAUUUUUUUUUGUUAUAUAGUGAUUUCCGAGGAAUAAAAAGUAGCUCGAACCGGCUCGAUUUUUGUUCCAUU